UUCGAAUCUCAGCAAACAACAACAACCCGGUUAAAUCCCACAAGAGUAGGGUCUGGGGAGGGUGUGUGUACGCAGACCUUACCCCUACUCGAAAGUAGAGAGGCUGUUUCCAAAGAGACCCCCGGCUCAACGUCGAAAGUUGCAUUGCUUGACUAACUGCUACUUCAUUAAUUAAAGAAGCGCAGACAGUUUAGAGAUCCAUUUUGAUUUAUUCCAUCACACCCCAAAGCCAAAAAAUGGUGAAAUUUUGGCUCCAUCGGAGAUGAUGGAAAACGGUUUCGAAUCUCAGCGCCACCCAAUUUAAAAAUAUUAAGGUUUCACAUGCAAUGUUCGAAAAAGACUACGCCUGCACGUGAGGGGACAUGUUAGAAUACAAGAAACAUUUCUUGAGCCACAACCACAAGCUUGAGCUUUUGGUUGAGUUGGUUCCUUGACAAAACUAAAGGGUAUUUGGCAAGGAGAUGAUUGAAGUUUUUUUUUGGGGGGGGGGGUCAAAAAAGUCUUUUGAGGUAUUAGAUUUGGGGUCAAACGAUUAGCUUGAAUAUUUGUGCUAUUAAAAGUAGGAACUUAAUUGGACGAUAGAGUAUGCUUAUAUUUAUGGGCUUCAUUUUCUUGUAUAUGUUGAUACCUUUUCUACAAUUUUAUCUUGCAGUUUUCUUUAUACAGUGACUUGUUAUUGUUUGUCUCAGCCAGGUCAGAAAAGUUACCCUUUGCGUCCAGAAUUAAUUGAGAGCACAUAUUGGCUUUUUAAAGCUACCAGGGAUCCUAGAUAUCUUGAUGUGGGAAGGGACAUACUUACAAGCUUGCAGUAUGGUGCACGGUGCACUUGUGGAUAUUGUCAUAUAUCAGAUGUUGAGUUUCACAAACAAGAAGAUCGUAUGGAGAGUUUUUUCUUAGCAGAAACGGUGAAAUAUUUGUGGCUUCUUUUCGAUUUGGCUGCUGGUCCAGAUAACAUAGUUGAAAAUGGCCCAUACAAGUACAUCUUCAGCACUGAAGGUCACUUAUUGCCUGCAAGUCCUCAAAUAUCUCUUGUACAUGAGCAUUGUUCAUACCUGGGCGCAUACUGUAGAAACAACGAUUUUGAACAAAAAAUGCACACUUCACCCAUUGCAGAAACCAAUUCCACUGGAACCAACCUUGGUUCCACUCCUCCCAGCUUCUUUUUAGACCGCUUUUAUAAAAAAUCUCCAAAUAUGUUGGGCUUGGCUAAGGGACUCUGCCCGGGACUUGCUCAUGGGCAAAGGUUUGGCAUAUCAUAUGUGACCUCUACAAGUCCAAUUGUAAAGGAGAAUGAGCAUGCAAGCCAGAGGGAGAAUCCAUCAACUCAGAGAGAUUCAUUGGUAAUAGUGACUAACCCUAAUGUUGUCGACUCCCAAACAGGUGCUCAAAAUGAUCAGGAUAAGGAAACAAUACCUACUGAGAGCCAAACAGAGAGUGCCUCUUCAUGAAAAAGAAGGAAGAUCGGGGGUAGCUGGUUAAACCUUUAGAAGAAGGCAGCACAAGGCCACUUCAGAAGGAAACUUAGCUUUCCAAAACUUGUAAGCACGGUGCCGGUUAUUCUGAGUAAUAGAAGAUAUACUUGUAUCAUCCAGCCUCCCAAUACUAGAUUGUAGAGCUGAUUCUGCUAUGGAACAUCAUUGGAUUCAGAGGCUGAGAAUAGGGUUUAUGCUAGUCACAAGGAAAAACAUGCCCCGCUUUAUACAGGCCAAGACCCGAUUCUUUUAUUUCAUUAUUAUAUGAAUUUUUGUACCACAGUGAGUUUAAUAUUCCUUACUUUAGGUGAUUAUUAUAGAUUGAUUAUGGGGUUAUCUGAUGUUCUAAGUUCUAACUCGAAUACAGAGGAAGAUGGAUGAUAUAUUCACACACAUACUUGAGAUUACAGAAGAAGAAGGCUUUGUUCAGUAGUUGUAAUUUUGAUGUGAUGAUCUAAAAUCAAAUACUUUGUGAGUC